GACAGCGGACUGCAGAGUCAAGAUGCGCCCGAAGGAGCAGGUGCAGAGCAGUGCCGGGGACGGGACGGGGUCGGGGGACCCAGCAACAGGCACCCCCACGACCCAGCCUGCAGCGGAUCCCGCUCCGGAGCCCUCGGCAGAGCCCAAACCUGCUCCGGCGCAGGGAACCGGGUCCGGACAGAAAUCAGGAUCCCGAACCAAGACAGGAGGAAGCUUUUGUAGGUCCAGGAUCCGUGGCGACUCGGACGCACCAUGGACCCGCUACAUAUUCCAGGGGCCUUACGGUCCCCGGGCUACUGGCCUGGGCACUGGAAGGGCUGAGGGAAUCUGGAAGACGCCAGCCGCGUACAUCGGCCGAAGGCCCGGCGUGUCCGGCCCUGAGCGCGCGGCGUUUAUUCGAGAGCUGCAGGAAGCGCUGUGUCCUAAUCCACUGCCCAGGAAGAAGAUCACCGAAGAUGAUAUCAAAGUGAUGUUGUAUUUGCUGGAAGAGAAAGAACGGGACCUGAACACAGCCGCUCGCAUCGGCCAGUCCCUGGUGAAACAGAAUAGUGUUCUGAUGGAGGAGAAUAACAAGCUGGAAACCAUGCUGGGCUCAGCCAGAGAGGAGAUUUUACAUCUCCGGAAGCAGGUGAACCUGCGAGAUGAUCUCCUUCAGCUCUACUCGGACUCCGAUGACGAUGAGGAGGAUGAAGAGGAUGAGGAAGAGGAAGAGGGAGAAGAGGAGGAACGAGAAGGACAGAGGGACCAAGAUCAGCAGCACGACCAUCCCUAUGGUGCCCCCAAGCCGCCCCCUAAGGCUGAGACGCUGCACCACUGCCCACAGCUGGAAGCCCUGAAGCAGAAGCUGAAACUGCUGGAAGAAGAGAACGACCAUCUUCGAGAGGAGGCCUCCCACCUUGACAACCUGGAAGACAAAGAACAGAUGCUCAUUCUGGAGUGUGUGGAACAGUUUUCUGAAGCCAGCCAGCAGAUGGCAGAGCUAUCCGAGGUGUUGGUGCUGAGGCUGGAAGGCUAUGAGAGGCAGCAGAAGGAGAUCACUCAGCUGCAGGCCGAGAUCACCAAGCUACAACAGCGUUGUCAGUCUUAUGGGGCCCAGACGGAGAAACUGCAGCAGCAGCUGGCCUCAGAGAAGGGAGUCCACCCAGAGAGCCUGCGAGCUGGCUCCCACAUGCAGGAUUAUGGAAGCAGGCCUCGUGAACGCCAGGAGGAUGGGAAGAGCCAUCGUCAGCGUUCCUCAAUGCCUGCAGGUUCUGUCACCCACUAUGGAUACAGUGUGCCUCUGGAUGCACUUCCAAGUUUCCCAGAGACACUGGCGGAGGAGCUCCGGACAUCCCUGAGGAAGUUCAUCACUGACCCUGCGUAUUUCAUGGAGAGAUGUGACACUCGCUGCAGAGAGGAACGAAAGAAGGAGCAGGGGACAAUGCCACCCCCACCGGUGCAAGAUCUCAAGCCGCCUGAAGAUUUCGAGGCUCCAGAGGAGCUGGUUCCUGAGGAGGAGCUGGGGGCCAUAGAAGAGGUGGGGACAGCUGAGGAUGGGCCGGCAGAAGAGACAGAGCAGGCAUCUGAGGAGACCGAGGCCUGGGAGGAGGUGGAACCGGAGGUGGACGAGGCCACAAGGAUGAAUGUGGUGGUCUCUGCCCUGGAGGCCAGCGGCCUGGGCCCUUCACACCUGGACAUGAAGUAUGUCCUCCAGCAACUGUCCAACUGGCAGGACGCCCAUUCUAAGCGGCAGCAGAAGCAGAAGGUGGUCCCGAAAGGUGAGUGUUCCCGCAGAGGACACCCUCCUGCCAGUGGGACAAGCUACCGAUCAUCAACCCUAUGAGAGGUGAGAGUAGGUGAGACCCCCCACCCCCAAGGGCUCACUUACCUCACCUUGGUCCCACUCGGUGUGCUGAUUUGCAUGGACUUUGCAUACUAUUUGCAUAGUAUUUACAUACUUGCCUCCAGUCCCCCUUGGCUAGAACUGCUGCCUCAGUGUUUAUUUAUGCAAAAUUUGCUUACAAGUCCAGCUAUCCAUCCACCUUCUUCCUGGGGGGGCUGAACUGGGAAUCAGGGUUGGACUAUACACUCCUUUGUACCUCAACUUCCUGUCUCUGCCCAUCCUCUCCCUAUCCCCAAUUCCUCUACCCUCAAGACUCCCCAGCCCCGCAGCAGCAAACAAACAUGGGGGGCGGGAUCGUGGAGCAGCAGCCCAUAGUGCCGACCCAGGACUCUCAGAGGCUGGAGGAGGACAGGGCCACUCACUCUCCCAGUGCCAGGGAGGAAGAGGGGCCUUCUGGGGCCACCUAGGCCUGGAACGAAGGCCUCUGCCAGCAAAGGCCACAGUUGGACCAAUCCCCCGGGUGAGUGUGGGGCUCCCGCAGGGUGGUAGGGGCGGGUCAGGGUCUCCUCUGCCUAUCUGGAAACCCCAGUUCCUAGGAGAUGCUGUCCGUGAAAUCAGAUGAUUUAGCAUUGGAUCUCUUUCUGUGUUAGCUCCUUUCGUCUUCUGGCCCUGUGGGUGGGUGGAUGUGAUUGUGCACCAUUUAUUAGAAGAGGAAUCUGAAGUUCAGAGAUCUGAGAUGACUUGGCCAAGGUCAUACAGCUAGGAGCAGAUCUGAGCCGGUGUCUCUUGAGGACUGAAACCCUGGCCUGGUCUCACUGCCGUCCACACCUCCUCCUGCUCCCGUCCUUGAGCUCCACCUGAAGCUUUGGCAGCCUCCCUCAUGUCGGUCUGUUGCCAUUUUUGGGGGGCACCAGUGAGUGGAACAUCACUGGCUGCAGCACAGUCAGAUCAUGCAGGUUGUAAGCUGAGUCAGCACACCCGUGGCUGACCACGGGAGACCGGGAGACCUGAGUAACGGCUAGCGGUGGCUUUCUGUUGUCUCCUGACCCGGCUGACUGGGUUUGAGGGUGAUCUGUCUCCCGGUUCACCCCCUUCUCUUCCUGGCUUUGCUGUUUCUCAGCAGCCUGAAGAAGACCCUCAGACAGCUCGAGACCCCUCCUUCCACUGCCUGGCCAAGUCCGACCCUUCCUUGCUUUCCUCUGAGACAGGACCCCCACCCCCAUGUCUGUCAGCAGUUCUCCCUCUGUCUUGAUAGAUCUUUCCCCUCUUGUAGGACAGGCUGAAAGAACCCCAGUCCCUCAUUCUGAAACUGGGGCCAAAGCUGUGCCUGCUGGAGCCCCAGGGGGUGGAAGCAACCUGUGGGUAGAUUGGUUGGUUACCAGACCCAGCUCUGAGAUGGUGUGGGUGCGCACAUCCCUAGGGUAGGCAGUUAUUGGGGGGACCCUUUCUAUCCCUUGAACCUCUCACGUAAAGGGACUUCCCCAGUCCUGGUUGGCUUUUGGAACCUGGUCCUUCUUGCUGUUUUUUACCCUUCCCCGUUUCUAUUACUGCGUGUAACGUAAAGUGUAUCUGAGUGAGGGUGGUGGGAACCCUCUGUCCAGUGCUGUCUCUGUCUCCUAUGGCCUGUGAGUUUCCUUCUAGAGUUCUACUCUUCUCCACCUCUUUGCUCAUACAGAGCUGUGGCCUUGGCGCCUGCCCUGCUUCUGCAGUGCUUCAUUGUCUCGUAGCUUGUCAGCUUUUGUAUUGAUGUAUGUGCCAAUGUGGGAAAUAAAGACCUUGUGAGAUACCU